AUGAUUCUUUCCAAUAUUAUUCUACUGGCAUUAUCUUCUGCAGCAAAUAAUAGGCACGAUCUCGACCAAGAUCGAACGACGUGUGAAAUAGUUCAAUUAAGAGGCUUUCCAUGUGAAAUUCACCCGGUGGCCACAUAUGAUGGGUACAUCGUCGAGCUGCAUCGAAUACCGAAUCCAGGCGGCAAGCCAGUGGUGCUCAUUCCCGGCCUGGUGGGCAACUCGGCCGAGUUUGUCAUGGCUACCACUGAGGUGAGCAAAGAUCCGCGCGUCAUUGGUCGCAACAUGGGAUUGGAGUUGCACAAGCAAGGCUUUGACGUUUGGAUGAUUAACAACAGGGGCAGUAAGUACGGCAUGGGUCAUCUCUGGCUGAACCCGGAGGAUAAACAGUUUUGGAAGUUCUGCUUUGAUGACAUUUCCAAGAAUGACGUCCCAGCGUUUCUUGAUUACAUUGUCCGGUUUACCGGUUUCAAAAAAGUGCAUGUCAUUGGUCAUUCGCAGGGCACUUCGGUCAUUUUUGCCCUUCUUUCUCAGAGUCAGGAGUACGACCACACAAUUGAGACAUUUAUUGCCAUAUCGCCCAUCACUCGCAUCAAAAAUGCCCGGACGCUCUUCAAAAGAGUAAUCUCCAUGCUUCAGUCACGAUUCAAACGAAAUGGUGGGCCUGUCUUCACCAGAAAAUCACGCGUCUCCGGAAAUCGAAUCGGCCUCGCUUGUGAGCUGCCAAUAAGUCGUCAAAUGUGCGUCCUAGUGUACUCCUUCAUGAUCGGGCCCAACUUUAGUCAACUGGACAAGAAGCGAAUCGGCGUCUACACGGGACACAUGCCAACGACGACUGCAGCGCAAAAUCUGAUUCAUUUUCACCAGGUUUUCAAGACGAAUCGCUUUCAGAAGUUUGACCACGGCUCAGAGGAGAAGAAUCUGAUCAAGUACGGCAGUCCCGAGCCGCCGGAGUACGAUUUAAAGCGCAUCACACAUCCAAACAUGUACCUAAUCUACGGACUGAAUGACUUCUACAUGUCCCAGGAUGGCGUGGAGAGUCUGAAGACUGACCUGAAGCACGCACGAGAAUUUUACGAGCUUUCAGAUCCGAAGGCCAAUCACAUGGACCCGCUAAUCGGCCUCACCACUGCGGUGGAAGUCAAUCGAAAAGUUAUCGGCAUACUAAAACGCUAUCCCUAA